AUUAUCGCAACCUUUACAAUUGAACAGUAAUAAAUAAACUUAAUUAGAAUUAAAUAAUCUGCCACUCUUAUCAGUCAAUACCGUGUUAUAACACUCACCAAACAUGAGUUUAGUGGCUAAUACGGGAAAACUAGCGGGACGUACGCUGUUUAUAACGGGCGCUUCUCGUGGUAUCGGUAAGGCGAUAGCCCUGAAAGCUGCACAAGAUGGAGCCAACGUUGUUAUUGCCGCUAAAACUGCUGAACCACAUCCAAAACUUCCAGGAACUAUUUACACAGCGGCUGAAGAGAUUGAAGCACUUGGAGGUAAAGCUCUACCAUGUAUUGUGGACGUAAGGGAUGAAAAACAGAUACAAAAUGCUAUUGAUGCUGCUGUUAAACAGUUUAAUGGUAUUGAUAUAUUAGUGAAUAAUGCAUCAGCUAUAACACUAACUGAUACUGAGCACACCGACAUGAAACGAUACGACCUGAUGCAUAAUAUUAACACUCCGGGCACCUUCUUAGCAUCAAAACUGUGUCUACCACAUCUGAAGAACAGCAACCAUGCUCACAUCCUAAAUCUAUCUCCUCCCCUUAAUUUAAACCCUUAUUGGUUUUCUCUUCACGUAGCAUACACAAUGGCCAAAUAUGGUAUGUCAAUGUGCGUGUUGGGAAUGGCGGAAGAAUUUAAGCAGUACAACGUUGGAGUAAAUGCUCUAUGGCCGCGCACAGCUAUUGCAACAGCUGCCAUCGACAUGCUGACAGGCGACACGUCGACCAGCCGGAAAGUCGACAUAGUGUCGGACGCGGCUUACUUUAUGCUAUGCAAGGAUCCGAAAACUUACACGGGUAACUUCGCGAUCGAUGACGACGUGGUCACCGAAGCCGGUGUGAAGAAUUUGGACCCCUAUGCAUGUGACCCCAGUAAUGUACCAAAUCUAUUGCUGGAUUUCUUUUUGGAACACCCCGGGUCUCAAGCACAAUUAAAACAAGCUGUGAAAAAGUCUGAAGCAAAAGCAACGUCAAGUGGCCAGAUUCCACAACUGUUUGAGUCCAUCAGUAAAAGUCUGUCAGCUGAUCUGGUGAAGAAGACACAGGCUAUCUAUCAGUUCAAUGUAAAGGGCAAAGAAGAAGGUGUGUGGCAUAUUGACUUGAAGAAUGGAGAUGGAUCGUGCGGACAGGGUGAACCCAAAAGUCCACCUGAUGCAACCCUAACGAUGGAAGGCGCGAACUUUGCGGAUAUGUUUGCUGGCAAAUUAAAACCAACAACAGCAUUCAUGAUGGGCAAGCUGAAGAUAGCCGGCGACAUCCAAAAAGCUAUGAAACUUGAGAAGAUGAUGAAGUCAUUGAAAAACAAAGUCUAACGUCUGUAUAUAGAGAAUACCAAAAUCAAACCCAAGUGCAAUAUAAAGAUAACUAAUAAAAAUAAUUAAUUCCGUUAUUAAUAAUUAAAUAAACCACGAAAAUGACAAACUCUAGUCGACCAUAAAUCAAAUUAAUAAAACCAGCAAUGUGUAAAAAAUAGAAUUAAACAAUAUAUGUUGCGCCCGGUGCAUUAUUUGCAUAUUUGAGGCUAUGAACACAUGCUGUUGCUAAUGAGACGUCACUGGCAUAGCAUAAAAAUUCUACAUGCUAGCCAUUUUGGAAAAAAACAUACUAAUAUUUGAAAUGACUGACAUGCAAUGUGUAAAUACAAAUAAUUAAAAAGUAUAUUUAGAGAUUUGAAUGUUUGUAAACAGCCAGCAAUUAUAAAAAAAAUAUGACUCAUAAUUUAAUAAUUGACUACUCUAGUAAUAAAUGAAAAAAGAAAACUGUUGAAAUUAGGAACAACGCAAGAUAAUUGGUUGUGACUAAAGUGGUGUAUAUUUCUAAUAUAAAUUAUUAUAUUAAGGAAUUAAAUAUUUUAUAUAUUUGAGUUUUUAUUCUAUAAUAUUUAAGUUGCAUGCUGUUAUUUUUAGUAAUAGUGUUUUGGGUUUUAUACCAAUUUAGGAUGUAUAUUUUAACUGUUUUUUAUUUAUAAUAAUAAUAAAGAACUUAAUGCAAUUUUUCUUACUGGCAACUUCAGUAUCUUUUUUUUUUAUUUAUACAUACUUUUCUUGUUCAUUUGUUUAUUCAUCUUGUUUUCUGUACGAUCUUGGCGAUGCUUUUGAUGGAAUUAGUAAUUCAACAUAUUUUAUAUGUAUUUUCAAUUUAUUCAUAAAAUGUUAAGUAAUUCCGACGACUAAAAGAGGCCAGAUUUUUACAAAAAGAUUAAGUAAAUUUAAUUAACUGUAUGUCUUUCCAGUAUCAUUAAGAAAUAAAAAAAACUGACAAUAACAAUUUUAAGUCAUAAUAUAACCAUUUUAUUUAGAAAUACAUUAUCAGAACCCAUAUUAGCCAUUAUAAUUUUAUCCUUUUUUUACAAACUAUCUUACUAACUAGAUAGUAUGUGACAAAACACUAAUAUGGGUUUGUUGGUUUUAUAAAUUAGUAUAGGAUAAAUUUGUAAAUUGUUCAUUAAAUACACUUUCAAGUGCCUUAAUACAAUAUUAGAUAGACUUGUAAUAAAUAAAAUAUAUUGUUACUACAAAAUAUAAAUGUAUGUCAUCAGUGUGAAAUGUAUUGAUUGUAA